CCUUCGGUGAUGUUAUCUUUUUAAUGACUGAAUAUUGUAAAUAGUCCACCCUUUGAAUUUCUGUUGAUGUUUAAAAAAAAUUGUUUAAUUUUACCACGUCUUCAUUGUCUGUGAACGCACCAACGGGCUCUUGCGUCAUUUUUGGGUAUUUAUGGGAAAUGUAGUCUAAUUAAGCUUCACGUAUUUGUAUCACGACCUAUUUAAAACUACAAAUCCCAUUUUCGACAAGGCGGAAGUGUCUCAAAGAGAAGCCUCCGUAUCAUUAGCGGUAAAGAUGUCGCGUGCGGCGAAGAAACGAAAAUGCGAUAAAACCCGUCAGGACGGCCUGUACUUUGAUAGCUAUUCUGAUGUGACAAUACACGAAGAAAUGCUAGCGGACCAUGUGCGAACCAACACGUACAGGCUGGCCAUUCUGAAGAAUAGCGAAUCGAUUCGAGGGAAGGUCGUGCUGGACGUCGGGGCAGGGACCGGCGUUUUGAGCAUGUUCUGCGUCCAGGCCGGUGCAAAGAAAGUGUACGCCGUUGAAGCGAGUUCCAUUGCUGAGCAAGCUGUGAAAAUAGUCAAACAGAACCACAUGGAAGACAAAAUCGAAGUCAUACACGGGACUGUUGAGACUGUGGAGCUACCGGAGAUGGUGGACGUGAUAGUGAGCGAGUGGAUGGGUUAUGCCCUCCUGCAUGAGUCCAUGCUUAACUCGGUCCUGUACGCCCGCGACAAGUGGUUGCUAAAACCAGCUGGGAUUAUGCUGCCCAACAAAGGCGAGCUCUUCAUCACACCCAUCUGCGAGCCGGUGGUGGAGGACCGCCUGCACUUCUGGUACACGCUCAAAGACCUGUACGGCGUCGACAUGUCCUGCAUGAGGGAUUUUGCCAGGAAAUGCAUCAAGAAUUCUGACAUAUCUGUCAGCCCCGUGACGGCCGAGGACGUGCUGUCUCACCCGGCCCGCUUCGCCGAGCUGGACCUGCACACGACCACAGUGGAGCAGCUACGCUCGGUCAAAGGCCGCUUCAGGUGCGAGUCUUUCGGCUCGGCUGCGGUCAACGCAUUUUGUGUGUACUUCACGGUCUCGUUCCCUUGUCCGGACAAGCCCCAAGCCCUUGUCCUCUCCACCUCCCCAUUCCAACCCGAGACCCACUGGAAACAGGCGGUUUUGUACUUGGAUGAGCCCGUGGAAGUGGUGCAAGACACACUGGUGACUGGAGAGCUCAACAUGUACCCCUCAGAGGAAAGUGACAGACAUGUAUGCAUUCACCUGGAGUACACGAUUGGAAAACAAAAAACACAGUCCAAGACUUUUUCCAUUCCUGACUGGACCUCCGAAACGUUAUCCUAGAUUGCGCACCAUCUUCAAUUCAAUCCAACCACCAAGGAUGGUCUACUUAAUUCAAGAUGUUUGAGCAUUUGUUUGAUAUCCUUGAUGUCCACACACUAGUAUGCACCGUGUCCUCAUUAGUAGGAUGACUGCAUGUUACUAGUUUGUGUAGUACGAGAAUGUUACUGGAAGAGCUUUAUGGAAAGUUGAGUAUUUACUCAAUUUGAUGUUUAAGAUCCAUUUACUAGUAAGUUUCUUGUCAUGAGUAGUAAAGCGACAUUGAUGUACUUUGAGAACACCUACAUGUUAUUACCAAGGCAAAUGGCAUGAGAACUCAUUUCUGCUAGCACAACUGAGAUAAAAAUCUUAAAUCAUGUGAGUUGUUGACAUUGGUUGUUAAAUUGAAAGUUUUCAAAUCCA